GACAGCUAGCCUAGUUGUCAAAAUCAUCUGUUCAGUACAUUUUUUUAUCACGUCCAAUUUUAUCAUUUUAAAUACAAUUCCAAUUGUAAAAUAAUAAAAAAUGAAUAUGAAAAUGGUGCACAGUAUGGACAAAUAUCAAAAAAUUUUUACGAAGUCUGAUAGUCCUGACGUAACAUUCCAAAAUUACGUGCAAAGAUUGGCCAAGUAUAACUUUCAAAUUAAGGCAUUAAUCCAGGAUAUUUUAGAAUGUAGAGAUUCUAUGGAGGCUUUAAAUGAGUUGAAUGAGAAGGGGCGAGCGAAGAUCAACUUGCUUAGAGAUGAACUGGAGAACCUAGAGCUUUAUGGACGAGAGAGUGGUGAUCAGAAAUAUGCGGUGGAGUUGGAGUCUCAAAGACAUCUGCUAGCUGGAUUAUUGAAAGAGUUCAAAGAUGCAAAUAUAAGCAGCAUGUUUGCCAUAGAAAAGAAACAAAGACAAGAGUUAUUGAAACCUGCUGAGUCAGAGGAUUCAAAUGUUAGAAAUAGAAAGAAGGUUGAUAGAGAUGGCCUGCUUCAAAUGUCCACAGGUGUAACAGACCAAUUACUUUCAAUCAGCAGACAACUAGCGGAUACUACACAACGCAGUCAGCACACGUUAGAUAGUUUGGUCUCAUCUAGUUCAACAGUGCAAAGCACACAAUCCGAGCUAGAGAACACUGCGGGCACUAUCUCACAAUCUAGCAAGCUGCUCAAGAAGUAUGGUCGAAGAGAGUUCACCGACAAGGUUAUCAUGUUUUUUGCAUUCCUUUUCUUCGUUGCCGUUUGCCUUUACAUUGUGCAGAAGAGACUUUUCUGAUGUUUUAGGUAUUAAAUAGAUAUAUCUUAGAAAACAAUGUAAGCGUCUUUUUGAAAAAUCAUAUUCGCUUGAGAUUUUUUUAACAAAACCUCACAGUAGAGACGCUAGUAUUUAAAUAAAAAAUCCAGGUAAAAGUGGUCCCAAUUUUUUCCAUUUUUAUUUUUUCCCCGGAAUUAAAUCGAGGUUUUGUUGUAAAAAAUCACAUAAGUAUCUGUGUGUGUUUUUUUUUAAAAGGCGCUUUUAUGGUUUUUGCUAAUAGGUGACGAUAUUUGAUCAAAACGAUUGCAGUAAGUAAUAAAUUAUACUUACACUAAAGAUAAAAUAUACUACGGCAACGAAAUUUUAGACAUAAAAUAAUUUAAUUAGGGUUUUAUGAAAUUGGUUUAUAUAAAUAUAAAGUACCCACAUUGGUAUAUAUUGUGUUUAUAACGCACCCACCAUUACAUUGAAUUCUUGGAAAACUACAGGAAAAUCCUUAUGGAAAUAUUAGUUAUCUUGUAAAUAUUUAUAAAAUACUUUAUAAGAAAAAUAUAUAUUCUAAGUAAUCUGGACUACUUACGUAUAAUUUUACAUGUAAAUAAAUAAUAAUUAUAUUUAUGUAAUUGUUUUGAAAUCGGUAAGUGCCUUUAAGUAAAUGUGUUCCUAUGUGACAUAAUGAAAUGACAUAAUUAGCAAUUAAAUUAAUGUUAUAUCUUCCAUUUACUGAAUAUAAACUCUUUCGGUGCUGUAAUAUACAAUUUUCCAUUUA